CAUCUACACGAUGAGGUCAUUGAAAAGUUCUGUCUUCAUCUUGAUCCUCCACCUUCUGAAAGGAGUUCUGAGCAACUCCCUCAUCCAGCUGAACAAAAAUGGCUAUGAAGGCAUCGUCAUUGCCAUCGACUAUGAUGUGCCAGAGGAUGAAGCUCUCAUUCAACACAUAAAGGACAUGGUGACGCAGGCCUCCCCAUACCUGUUCAAAGCUACGGGGAAAAGAUUUUAUUUCAAAGAUGUUGCCAUUUUAAUUCCUGAAAGCUGGAAGACAAAACCUGAUUAUGAGAGGCCAAAACUCGAAACCAUCAAAAAUGCCGAUGUCCUGGUGUCAGCAACCAGCCCUGUGGGUGAGGACCAGCCACACACUGAGCACGUGGGAGCAUGCGGAGAGAAGGGGCUCAGGAUUCACCUCACUCCCAACUUCUUAGCAGGAAAGAAGCUGAAAGAGUACGGACCACAAGAGAGGGCAUUUGUCCACGAGUGGGCUCAUCUGCGAUGGGGAGUGUUUGAUGAAUACAACAAUGAAGAGAAAUUCUACCAAUCCAAAGGAAAAGCUGAAGCAGUAAGAUGUUCAGCAGCUAUUACCGGGAAAAAAGUAGUUCGUUGGUGCCAGGGAGGCAGUUGUGUCGAUAAAGGAACCUGCAGAAUAGACAAAUUAACCGGACUCUACGGAAAAGACUGUGUGUUCUUACCAGACAAACAACAAAUUGAGAAGGCGUCCAUAAUGUACUCUCAAACUAUUGAUUCUGUGGUUGAAUUCUGUACAGAAAAAAAUCACAACAAGGAAGCCCCAAAUGCCCAGAACCAACGGUGCAAUCUCCGCAGCACGUGGGAAGUUAUCCAGGGCUCCGAGGACUUUCGGCAGAGCACGCCCAUGACAACUCAGCCACCCACACCUACCUUCUCCCUGCUGCAGAUUGGACAGAGAAUUUUGUGUCUCGUUCUGGAUAAGUCUGGGAGCAUGACAAACGAUGACCGCCUUAACCGUCUCAAUCAGGCAAGCAAGCUUUUCCUGCUACAGACCGUGGAGCAGGGAUCCUGGGUCGGGAUGGUGACAUUUGACAGCGCAGCCUACGUAAAAAGCGAACUCAAACAGAUAAAAAGUGCUGCUGACAGAGACCUGCUGACCAAAAGCUUACCCACAGUAUCUUCAGGAGGGACGUCCAUAUGCUCUGGGCUUCAAGCAGCGUUUACAGUGAUUAAGAAGAAGUAUCCAACCGAUGGAUCUGAAAUCGUGCUGCUGACCGACGGCGAGGACAACACCAUCGGCAGCUGCUUUGACCUGGUGAAGAAGAGUGGAGCCAUCAUCCACACAGUGGCCCUGGGCCCGGCUGCUGCUAAAGAGCUGGAGCAGCUGUCCACAAUGACAGGAGGUUUGCAGACGUAUGCUUCUGAUCAGGCUCAGAACAACGGCCUUGUUGAUGCUUUCGCAGCCCUUUCGUCAGGAAAUGGAGCUGUCUCUCAGCGCUCCAUCCAGCUGGAGAGCAAGGGAGCCAAUCUCCAGAAGGGCCAGUGGAUGAAUGGCUCGGUGAUUGUGGACAGCACAGUGGGGAAGGACACUUUAUUUCUUGUCACCUGGACAACACAAGCUCCUCAAAUUCUUCUCUGGGAUCCCAGUGGGACGAAACAAGGUGGCUUUGUUGUGGACAAAGCCACCAAGAUGGCCUACCUCCAAGUCCCAGGCACUGCCAAGGUGGGCCUUUGGAAAUACAGCCUGCAAGCGAGCUCACAAACACUCACUUUGACCGUCACCUCCCGGGCUGCAAGUACCAAAGUGCCUCCAAUUACAGUGACCCCAGUAGUGAAUACGAACGCAGCGAGCUUCCCCAGCCCUGUAACGGUCUAUGCAGCUCUUCGCCAAGGAGUCUCGCCAAUUCUCAGGGCCAGCGUCACGGCCUUGAUUGAAUCUGUGAAUGGAAAAACAGUGACCCUGGAGUUACUGGAUAAUGGGGCAGGUGCUGAUGCUACCAAGAAUGAUGGUGUCUACUCAAGAUUUUUUACAGCUUUUGAUACAAAUGGUAGAUACAGCAUAAAAAUAUGGGCUCUGGGAGGAAUUACAGCAGGCGGACAGAGAACAUUACCUCAGAAUGGAGUCAUGUACAUAGACGGCUGGAUUGAAAAUGGUGAAGUAAAAUUCAAUCCUCCACGUCCUGAAACUAAUAAUGUCCAAGACAAGCAACUGUGCUUCACUAGGACAUCUUCCGGGGGAUCAUUCAUGGCCUCUAAGGUCCCCUCGGCUCCCAUACCUGACCUCUUUCCACCUUGCCGAGUCACCGACCUAAAGGCUAGCAUCCAGGGGCACAAGCUCGUGAAUCUGACUUGGACUGCUCCCGGGGAUGACUACGACAAUGGGAGAGCUUCCAGGUACAUCAUCCAAAUAAGCACAAAUAUUGUUGAUCUCAGAGACAAGUUCAAUACCUCCGUCCAAGUGAACACUACCAACCUCAUCCCCAAGGAGGCCAACUCUGAGGAAACUUUUGAGUUUGAGCUGGAAGAUGGUAGUUUUGGAAAUGGUACCGAUAUCUUCAUUGCUAUCCAGGCUGUGGAUAAGUCCAACCUGAAAUCAGAAAUAUCAAACAUUGCACGGGUAUCCCUGUUCAUCCCCACUGAAGAGCAGUCCACCUCCAACGACACAGCGCCUCUCUGUCCUGAUAUUAGUAUCAACAGCACUAUCCCUGGAAUCCACGUGCUGAAAAUAAUGUGGAAGUGGCUAGGGGAAAUGCAGGUGACGCUGGGCUUGCACUGAAUUUUCAGGAGAUAAAUAAAUAAAGCAUUUCUUGCAUUGUAGAACUUUCUAAAAUGGAUUUUAGACUUCCUGUAGGGGGCAAUAUAGCAAUAUGGGAAGCUCAAACUCUGGAUCCAUGUGUAUUAAUAAUUCUCCGCCCAAAUUCUAAGGUUUAAUCAUUGUUCGAUCUUUGGAUGGUAAUUUUUUUGAAUGCUUGGAAGAACCAAAUGUUGCUUUUACCAGUGGAUUUUAGUUAGUCCUAAGGAACUUUGCCAGGUGAAAAUAACAUUCAGUUGCAGUUAGUUAAUCUACUAACUAAUAAAAUGUCAGAAAUGCCUAACCAAAUUAUUUAAAUACAAAAGGUCUGGAACUAACA